UGAAUUGGUUUCUUUAGGACUGUCAAAUGAAUCUCACUUUAUUCUCUGAAUAGUUAUUUUCUGUAAUGGGGAUGUGGAAUAUUGCUUAUCACCAAAGACUGCUGAUUUUUUCCUCUAGAAGAUUUUUCAAGGCUGUGUCAAACAGAGAAGUAGUAUGUUCUAAAGCGGCAUCGUAUCACAGCACUAAUAGUCUGCUGUGGCCAAAGGACACUGACAACAAACCUGUGGUGAGGAGACGGCGCAGCCCCCUAAGUAAACCUGGUCUUGAACACAGACCUGCUAUAUUUGAUGAACAGAUGGACCAUGGAUUGUCUGGUAGUUCUAGGGAUUACCCCAAGACCCCAGCUCUGAGUAAAAACUGGCAGAAGGAGAUCCCUGUGCUGAAGGAGCAGAGGUCCCAAGGAGAGCGCAGAAUGUCAUCUGAGCUAAGGAAACUCAGUCUCGAGGACCGCUCUGCAGAGUGGCAGAGGCCAAGAGGAGAAAGAAUAACUAAGGACUCUAAAGAACAAAACUAUGAGAUUGUCUUUGGUGUCACUCCCUGUCUCUUUGCACUUUCCCAGAGGAGGCGGAAGGUGCAUAAAUUGUUGGUGAAGGAGGGUGAGGCCUUACAGAGGAAACCUGUACUAAAGGUUUGUGAGGAGGCUCACAAGCGGGGAGUGCGGAUCCACCAAGUCAGUAAGAAGAAUUUGGACAGAAUGUGUUUUGGGCGUGUACAUCAAGGAGUGUGUCUGCAAGCCACACCUCUGAGUUAUGUCACAGAGGAGAGAGCUUCCACACUGCCUAAGAAAACAAGUACACCCCCCCUCUGGCUUGUGCUGGAUGGAAUUCAAGACCCAAUGAAUCUUGGUGCCAUUCUGCGCUCUGCUUAUUUCCUCGGUGUUGACAGAGUGGCCAGUAGUCUUCGCAAUAGUUGUCCUUUGACCCCAGUAGUUAGCAAAGCCAGCUGUGGUAUCAUGGAAAUUUUUGAAGUUUAUGGCUAUGAAAGCCUUGACGAUAUGAUAAAGUUUAAGGUUGCGCAGGGCUGGCAGGCUGUUGGCACAGUAGGAACUGGAGAAGAGCCUCCAGUGCCUGUUACACAGUGUUUUGAUUUUCAGAUGACCAAACCUACGCUGUUAUUGAUGGGAGGUGAGGGUGAGGGCUUAUCCCGAGAGUUGCUCUCUCAGUGUCAAGCUCUCCUUACUAUCCCAGCUCACAGAGCUCUACUUCCGGGCAUAGAUUCUCUCAAUGUCUCUGUAGCUACAGGCAUUCUACUGCACUCUCUGCUGUCAUCCAGGAGAACUGGCCAAUGAUAAACAAUGAGCUAUUUUCUGUACAGCUAUACUGAAAAGGCUUUAAUUAAACU